CCAACUUGAACAAAGGUCAUCGAACUGUAUACAAUUGACGCAGAACUAUGGACUAAAAAGACACGUAAUGAGUUUGACGUAUCAGUUAACGGUAUUGACGCAAGGACAUGGCGGAGCUUUGCUAGCUGUUAGCAAGGGUUGCUACGCUAACGUUAACGUUAGCAAGCUAAGCAGGUCAAAGGUAAAGGUGGGGAUGGCGAAACCCUGUGGCUUAAUGAAACCCUGUCACUUGGUGAAGCCUGUGUCGGUGACUCGAGUCUCUGGCAGAUACCUGACCCACCAGAAGGGACUGCCCAGUCUGCCCGUCCCCCCUCUGCAGCAGACCUGCGAGCGAUAUGUCAGUGCCCUUGAGCCCAUCGUGGAGGUGGAUGAGCUAAAGCAUACUAAAGAGCUGGUGGACGAGUUUCAGAAGGCAGGAGGUGUUGGAGAGAGACUUCAGAGAGGCCUGGAAAAAAGAGCAGAGAAGACUGAAAACUGGUUGUCAGAGUGGUGGGUGCAGGUUGCAUAUUUCGAUUACCGGUUGCCUGUGGUGAUUCAUUCAAGUCCCGGGUUGGUCUUGCCCCGCAUGAACUUCAGCGAUAAGCAGGGACAAAUAAGGUUUGCUGCCAAACUGAUAGCAGGUGUUUUGGACUUCAAAACGAUGAUUGACAAUGAGACACUACCGGUGGAAUAUCUGGGAGGGAAGCCUCUGUGUAUGAACCAGUACUACGAAGUGCUGUCGUCCUGCCGAGUCCCUGGUCUGAAGAGAGACUCCGUGGUGAACCACGCCAAGACUUCCAGGCCUCCUAAACACAUCACGGUAGUCCACAACUUUCAGUUUUAUGCGUUGGAGGUGUACAACAGUGAUGGGACUCCGUUGACGGCUGAGGAGCUCCGUGUUCAGCUGGAGCGGAUUUGUGCCUCCUCCCCUCGGACCGGCGUGGAACCCGUCGGCAUCCUCACCACCCAGCAUCGGGACACCUGGGGCCGGGCCUACGUCACCCUCACCCAGGAUAAGACCAACAAAGAAUCAGUGUCCGCUAUCCAAAGGAGCAUCUUCACUUUGUGUUUGGAUGGAGCGAAGCCUCCAGUGACCGAUGAGGAGUACCGCAGCUCUGCUGCCGUCCAGAUGCUGCAUGGAGGAGGCAGCCAGUGGAACAGUGGCAACCGCUGGUUUGACAAGACGCUGCAGUUUAUUAUUGGAGAAGACGGGACAUGUGGCGCUAACUACGAGCACGCCCCAGCUGAGGGCCCCCCAAUUGUGGCCUUGAUUGACCAUGUUGUAGAAUACACGAGGAAGCCAGAUAUGACCCCGUCUCCCACGGCGCCUUUGCCCAUGCCCCAGAAACUUCACUUCAACAUCACACCUGAGAUCAAGAAGGACAUUGAGGAGGCCAAGCAUGCCAUGGACAUACUGGCCCAAGACCUGGAUAUGAGAGUCGUGGUAUUUGGACACUUUGGAAAAAAUAUUCCAAAGGCCCACAAGAUGAGCCCUGACGCUUUCAUACAGAUGGCGCUUCAACUAGCUUACUACAGGAUGCACAAGUGCUGCUGUGCCACUUAUGAAAGCGCCUCCCUGCGUAUGUUCAGACUGGGCCGAACCGACACCAUCCGAUCAGCCUCAAGUGCCUCGGCUACCUUUGUGAAGGCCUUCGAUGACCCCAGCAAGCAGAACACAGAAAAGGUUGAUCUAAUGGUGAAAGCUGUAAAUGCACACAGAUCCUAUACUACCAUGGCGAUCAGUGGCCAGGCCAUAGACAGACACCUCCUGGGCCUCAAGAUGGUGGCUGUUGAGAACAACCUUUCCAUACCUGAUAUCUACACUGACACCGCCUACGCCAAGGCAUUACACUACAAGUUAUCUACGAGUCAGGUACCUUCCCAGACGGACUGCGUCAUGUGUUUCGGCCCGGUUGUAGCAGACGGAUACGGCGUGUGCUACAAUCCUAUGAACGAUCACAUCAACUUUGCUGUGUCGUCGUUUAACACCUCUAAAGACACAGAUGCAGCACAUCUGGCCCAGGCUGUGGAGGGUGCUCUGUUGGACAUGAGGACACUGCUGGAACAAGCACCAAGAGCCAAACUGUGAAGGUCUUCAGCCUUUACAGGGCUGUUGUCAGUGAUUUAAAUAGGAUGCCCAGUCUUAGUGUACCCGAGUGACAUUUGAGUGAGUGAGCCGUGCACCUGGUGCAACACCGUCGGGCUCCAUCUGGUGGUCUGAGCCGGUCUUCUCCCUGUGUUAUUGAUUGCUCGUCCUGUGGUGGAUUAAUGCUCACGCACAUGACAUCAAUCACCAUUUUUACAGAUGUCUCUGUAAUUCUGAAAUAUCAUUAACAGAAAUUAAGUUGUUGAUGGACGGAUAUUUUGUUGAUUUAUUAUGAACUAAUCAGCUGAUGAAUUUAUGCCUCUGUGCCUUCUUCCUGCACUGUUGCUCCGCUUUAUGGCUGCCAGAGGUUCAGUGGAAUAACACAGACAGAUCCAAUCCCCACAGACUUCAUGUGAACUGUUUCGUAAACAGAAUUUACUGUUUUUAGGAACAUUGUUAAACAAAGAUUUUGUGUUUGACAUUCAGAAUAAAUCCAGAAAAUUGUAACUCUUUAA